AUGUCAAUCCUCUCCUACAUAACAACCGGUCUAACCGGCUACUUCGCCAUAACCGUCUCGUUCUUCGCCCUCUCCGUCGUCAAAGUCCCCAAAGCCGGGUUUAUCGCGCGCUGCCUGUCCUCCUACGCUUCUCUAAUCAUAUGCGCUACCUACGGCGUCAUCGCCUCUAUUGUGUUGAGGUUAGUGGGCUACGGACGAGUAUCACAAUGGGCUACGGCAAGGAGUUUCAAAUGGGUCAUGUGGAUCGCCACGGGUGUGCAUUUCGAUAUCGUUGAGGGAGAGAAAUACCUUUCGACUAAGCCUGCGGUAUUUAUUGGGAAUCAUCAGACUGAGCUCGAUGUGUUGAUGUUGGGUGCUAUUUUCCCGCCGUAUUGUUCCGUUACAGCUAAGAAGUCGUUGAAGAGUUGGCCCUUUUUGGGCUGGUUCAUGACUUUAUCUGGGACGGUGUUUAUUGAUCGCGCGAAUCGUGAGACGGCGAUGAAAGCGUUUGAUGGUGCAGCCAAAGAAAUGCAGGACUUUAAGCAGAGUGUUUUCAUCUUCCCCGAGGGAACGAGGAGUUAUUCCACCACGCCGGAAUUGCUGCCGUUCAAGAAGGGGGCAUUCCAUUUGGCUGUCAAGGCGGGUGUGCCUAUUGUGCCGGUUGUGGUGGAGAAUUACCCCCAUGUGUUGAAUGUGCGCAAGUUGCAUUUUGAGGCGGGGGGUGUCAAGAUUAAAGUUCUACCUCCCAUCGAGACUAAGAACCUGACACCUGCCGAUGUCGACAAACUGACAAAUGAUACACGCGAACUCAUGCUUAAGACGUAUAUCGCAUUGUCGAACAAGUCCGGGCAACAACUCGACGGUGCAGUUCCUCAUGGAUCCUCCACUGCCGUGGAGAUCUAA